AGUGUAAACGAUGUGUCAUGAAUAAAACAAUGCAGUUUGGUGUAUUGAAUAAUACUUGUUGUUAAAGUGUAAUGUAGCAAUUGAUAUAUUAAAGAUUGUUAAAUAUCAUGUCUGGCUAUACCGAUGCUUCCAUUCUAAUAAUAGAUAAUGACACUUGUUUAAUCAACAAAAAAACUAAUAAAAUUAUUAGUAAUGUAUAUGAAGGAAUACCAGAAACUUUAGUAUUGAAUGUUAUUUCAUGGUUGCUACUUAUUCUACUAUUUGCCAUAUUGAGGAAUAGAGCUUGGGAUUAUGGAAGAUUGGCAUUGGUACAUACUGAAAAAUGGACUCAAUUAUUUUACAAGAAUACAGAUGAUGCAGUUGCUGUAGAAGAAUCAAAUCAUGAGGUGUCGUUGAUACCUGAUACUGGUUGUUUAUGGUUUCCUUCCAUAUUUAAAAUCAAUCGAGACCAGAUUUUAUCAAGAUGUGGACCAGAUGCUUCCCAUUAUUUAUCUUUUCAAAGACAGUUACUUAUUCUAAUGUUGGUAAUCACUGUAUUCUCAAUUGGAGUGGUGCUUCCUAUUAAUUUUCAAGGAACUUUACAAGGAGAUAAGACUACAUUUGGACACACUACAAUUAGUAAUUUACCAUCUGACUCGAAAUGGUUAUGGGUUCACAUUACUGGAUCAAUAGCUGUGGUACCACUAAUGAUUUUCAUUAUGCGAAAAUGUUCAGGACAUUUACCAAGUGCAUCGAAAUUGUCAUCAAGAACUUUAAUGGUAACGAAUAUCUCAAAACAACAUAGAUACUGUGAAGAUAUAAAAAAUUAUUUUAGUGUUAGAUACCCUGGAAUAGAAGAUGUAAAAAUUGCUUACAAAGUUAAGAAACUGACAAUCUUAGAGAGACAAAGAGAAAAAAUACAUGAAGCAAGAAUGUACUGUUUAAGUAAUGCACCUAAAAAUGAGAUUAAGAUGCAACCUAAAGGAUGUAUAGCUUGUUGCCCUUGUAACACAGUGAAUGCUCUUGAUUAUUAUACAAUACAAGAAGAGAAACUUAAUAACCUUGUUGCUUUAGAAAGAAGAAAGGCACUCCAAAAUCCAUUGGGAGUGGCUUUUGUAACAUUAAACAGUGAAGAGACAGCACAGUAUAUACUAAGAUCGUUUCAAGCUGGGUCCCACAGGAAUUGGGUAAUUUUUAAAGCUCCGUCACCAUCAGAUAUCAACUGGGAAAACUUGGAAAUAUCCUAUAGGAACUGGUAUUCAAAAGCGAUUAUUAUAAAUACAGUACUAUUUGUUAUUCUGUUUUUCUUAACUACACCACUCAUUGUAGUUAAUAUCUUCAACAAUCUCACAAAGGAUAAUUUUAUAACUAAGAUAAGUCCUUUAUUAUCUGAGUUUUUGCCAACAUUGUUGCUUUUAUCUAUGUCUGCUGUAAUGCCUGUUUUGGUAGCAUAUUCUGAUGAAUGGAUGUCCCAUUGGACAAAAUCCAAACAAAACCAUGCUACUAUGUACAAAGCUUUUUUCUUUUUGCUUUUUAUGGUUUUGAUUUUGCCUUCUCUUGGAUUAACUAGUGCACAAACAUUUUUGGAAUGGUCAGUUCACACACAAAAUAUUACUUUAAGAUGGGAGUGCAUCUUUUUAGCUGAUAAAGGUGCAUUGUUUGUUAAUUAUGUUAUUACUUCAGCACUUAUAGGUACAGCACUUGAAUUGUUAAGAUUUCCAGAGUUGGCCAUGUAUGCUUGGAGGUUACUACUUAUUAAAUCUGAGGCUGAAAAAACUUCAAUUAGAAAAGAAAUUUUGUCAGUAUUUCCGUUUGGUAUCCAUUAUGCUUGGACACUGCUUAUCUUCACUAUUUGUACAGUUUACAGCUUAACAUGUCCUUUAAUCACACCUUUUGGUUUGCUUUAUCUUUGUUUUAAACAUCUGGUGGAUAAAUAUAAUAUAUAUUAUGUAUACCGGCCUAUAACUAUGUCAGGGGAAGGCCAAAGAAUUCAUUCUGAUGCUGUAAAAAUGGUGCGCAUAGCUAUACUACUGUUACAACUGAUCACUGCUUUGUUUUUCUUUCUACGUGCAUAUUUAAAUACUAUGACCUGCAUUGCAUUUUUGGGAUUUGCUCUUACAGCAAUAUUUUUCUUCUUUAUUGGCCCCUUUCCAACUUGCAAGCCAAGUUCCUUCCAUGCCUUUAGCUUGCCUGUUAGAAAUGAAGAAUAUAUAGCUCCUGUUCUUGUCAGCUCCAGUUCUAUUGAGCCUAUUAAUGAAGAUCGAUCAUUGCCCAGUUUUUAUGGCUCGCCAAGUGCAAGCCAUGCUGUUAUGAGAUUGUCUGAGGCUGGAUCCAGUGAAGCUUAAUUUCAUGAUCCAAGUUUAACAUUGAGGCUGUGAGUAAUUUAGGUAAGCAAAAUUAUUGUAAAAAUUUUGUUGUUUGAAGUCCAGAAUUAAAAUAUUUUAUCUCUGUGUU